AUGGCUGCUGCUUCGGCAAUACCGCCGACAACGACCGCAGCGCUCGUCCACGCACAGCAGUCCGUCCAGGUCCAGGAAUCCAGUCCACGAGCAACGAUAGGACAUGUCUUUACGCACAUUGUUGCGCGAGAUGACUCGUCGGACGACGACGACGACGGCGAGGAUCCAUUCCAACUUGGGCUGCCAACGAGGACGAACGAACAGAACAAGAACAAGAACAAGAACAACAACAUGUCGCGACCAGUGCGCACGCUGCAGACUGCUGCAAGCGCCUCUGGUUUAGAACCAACAACCGCAGCUGAGGCUCAUCGCAUGAAUGCAGCUGCAUCAACAGCUACAGCCACAGCUGCUGGUGCGUCGGAGCCUCUGCGGGUCCCUCAGAGCGUCGACACUGUCGUUUCAGGUGCGGAGGAUGACGACGCUCAGUCGCUGAUUGGGAAGGAAAUCAAGCCACGCCCAAGAAGCAUCUUCCUCAAGAACAUUGCCGCGCAUAGCACGUCGCAUGUCGACAUGCCACCGCCGCCAAACGAGGUUGUCGCCCCAAAGCUCGAUGGCGAGAGUCGGAGCGUCACGUUUGCCGCUGCCCCGACGCAGAUGAACACGAUUCUAGAAGAGGCUGGCAAUGCGACUGAAGCGGCCGCCGCUGCUGCUGCUGCUGCUGCUGCUGCUGCCUCGACGACCACCAUCACACCUUCCGAGUCUUUCGUCUCGUUGACUUCAGUCGAAUCCGCUGCGUCUGGCCAGAAUGAGGCCACUCUGAAAUCUACUUUGGAUGCAAUUGCACAGGAUGUGCAAGUCCCUCCGCCAACAGAAUUUGACUGGGAAACGGACAUGUCCGGCUCUGCCCCUACCAAGAGAAAUCGUGGACGCUGCACGCUUCCGCCCUGGGGUUUCCGUGUCUUGUUUUGGAUUGCGCUGGCAAUCGUUCUUAUCAUUCCGGGCGUCGUUUGCUACGAGUACUUCCCAUCCGCCUCCGUCGCGGGCGCAAAAGUGUACGCCUGGGUGCUGUUCUUUGCGAUUGUCGCCGUCACCUAUCUUGGGUCGUUGCUGCUCCUGACUGGCGUGUCCGCGGUGGUGGAGCACAUUUUCCUCUUGCGCUCCAAUUUUCUCUACUUUUACAAUGCCAUCAUCUUCCCAGUCCACAUGUUCUUGUGGUCCACCAUCGUGCUCAUUGCCUGGGAAACCCUCUUCCGCUCGUCCUGGGCGAGCAAUUAUGGAACCGAUUUCGAUCGUGACAAGCUGUGGUUUGUCACACGCAUUCUCGUUGCGUUCAUGGUGUCGGCGGUUGCGUUUUGUCUCAAGGUCAUUCUGAUCAAGCGACUGGCCUUCCACUUCCACAAGGAGGCCUAUUUUGAGCGUAUUCAGGAUGCGCUCUUCUCCGAGUAUGCGCUUCAAGCCUUGAGCGAGAAGGAAAAAUACGCCAAGCCCAUCAGCGAGGAGGAGACACACUCACCUGCACCAUUCACGCGAGAGCCCUCCACUCUCACACUGAACAAUGGUGACGACGAUUGGCAAAGCGGACCUCGCAUUUCGCUGAAAGGCUGGCGAACCCCAGGCAGCCGCGGGACGAGCGCGCUUUCGCUGUUUCGACGGCAUACUGCAAAGAAUGUCCACCAAACGUUGCCGUCCGAGGACCGAAUUGGACUCGUCGACCCUGCUGGGACGGCAGCAUGCGCGGAACCCGACGAGGCGGAAGCUCAACACCACGCCAAGGCAAAUCCGUCGGGCUCGCCUGUCGAUAAUGGAGAUGCAGAGCACAUCAUGAUGCCCACCAUCAAGCCUGCCCCACCACCACCGCCACCUGCCAGUCAAGUCACGAGCAAUGGAGCUGCUCCAACCGACUGCGAUCAUUCAUCGACGCUCAUCAAGUCGAGCAGCUCGAGCUCCAACAUGCCUGCCUCGCCAUCCGUCACCAAGGUGCGACAAGACAGCAUUGCAGGCCGCCUGACCUCGAUGAAGCCCAAGCAAGUCAACACGCACGUGCUGGACAAGUUGGUGCGCUUCGUGCGCAAGAACAAGAUUCAACUGACUCCAAUCCACGAACGCAUCGGCAACUCGUCUGAAAUCAAGUCAAGCAACGAAGCCCGCCGUUUGGCCAAGGCGCUCUUCAACCACGUAAAGUCUCCCGAGCUCGACUACCUCACGUUGGAUGAUUUCCAGUGCAUUUUGAAGCCGGACAUGGCAGUGCGCGCCUUCAAGCUGUUCGAUCACGACAUGGACGGCAAAAUCACCAAAGCAGAAGCCAAAGAGACAGUCUUGAACAUUUACAAGGAGCGCAAGGCUCUGGCUGCCGGUCUGUCCGACGCCAAGACGGCCGUGCGCAAGCUCGAUAACGUCUUUACGGUGCUGCUGUGCUUUAUUCUCUUGUUUGUGUGGCUCGCCAUCCUCGGCGUCGACGUCACCAACUUUUUCCUGACGCUGUCCACCUUCUUGCUCGCCUUCACCUUUGUGUUUGGAAACUCUGUCAAGGAGCUGUACGAGUCGGUGGUCUUUUUGUUUGUCAACCAUCCGUUCGACGUUCAAGACCGCGUCUUUUUCAACAAUGAGAAUUGCUUUGUGACGGAAAUCCACCUGAUGAACACUGUCUUUACGCGCUGGGACGGAAUGGUGAUUUCCUAUCCCAACGCCGUGUUGAACAAGCUGCCGAUUCAAAAUGCUCGUCGGUCGACCGACAUGCUCGAGGUAAUUGACCUGCAAAUCCACGUCUCGACCCCGGCCGCCAAGAUUGAGGAGAUGCAAACGCGCUUUGCCACCUAUCUGCGCGAAACUGCUGCAGACUGGUAUGCGCUGCCCGUCAUCUUUUCCGUCGUUGAGCUCGAAAACACCAAUCGUCUCAAGCUGUCUCUUGGUGGCAAGACACGCUUCUCGUGGCAAGACGGUGGCGCCCGUGCCAAACGAAAGACGGAUCUGAUCAUGUUCAUGAAACGCGUUUGCGAGGAGCUUGACAUUCACUACUAUCAGCCCGAAAGUCUGCUACAUGCGCGAGUUCACUCCCAGGCACCGAUGUCACAGCAACCCUCGUUUGAGCAAUGGCAGCAGUACCAGCAGUUCCUCCAAUGGCAGCAGUUCCAGCAGCAACAGCAACAGCAACAGCAACAGCCGGUGGGCCCGCAGCCACCCAUGGGAAUGGCGCCUUUCGCCUCAGCCGGAGGUCAGCAAUUUGACUUUGCUCCCGAACCCAAGUGGUGAAAAAAAAUGGACAGCAAUUCCAGAGGCUUUUGUUUGUUUGUUUGUUUGUUGCAUGUUGGGUGGCUUUUUUUGAGUAUUCUAUUGGUUGGUUUUAUUCCAAUACUGUACUACGUAGAAUCUAUAUCUCUCAUCUUGACCCAA